UAUCUUAUCGUCGUAAGCAUUAAUUUUUUAUUCUUCACCAACACUCCCAUCGAGCUACCCCCUUGCCGCAGCAUCACGGGUUGCUGGAUUGCCACGCUGUAGUUGUCUGCGAAGAGAAAACAUAUGGACAAAGUGGCAAAGAUGCCGGAUAGGCGGAUUGUACUGGUUACCGGCGCUUCGUCCGGCAUCGGGAGACGGUGUGCCGCGAACUGGCCCGACACGGUAUGACCGUCAUCGGGUCCGCUCGCCGCAUCGACAAUCUCAAGGCAUUGGAACAGACGAUAGUUUCCGAUGGGUUGGGCACAUUUGUUCCCGUACAGUGCGAUCAGCGGCGUGAGGAGGAUUUAGAAAAGCUGUUUCAACACAUUGAACAGAAUUUUGGUUGUCUCCACGCCAGUAUCAUCAAUGCCGGAAGUUCCCAGCCGGGACCCAUACUGCGUGGUGAUACGAAUAUCUGGCGCGAGAUGAUGGAGGUUAACGUUCUGGGAACAGCCAUUUGUUUACGCGAAUCGGCUAAACUACUGGGGAAAACCGGCAGGGAAAAUGGUCAUAUCGUCGUCAUCGGCAGCGGCCUAGGUCACCGUGUCCCGCCGGCACCCAUUAUGCACUUUUACUCCGCCACUAAGCAUGCCGUCCGCGCUCUGACCGAAGGUCUACGAAUGGAACUACACGCGGAAAAGAGCAAGAUCCUUGUUACGCAUCUGUCUCCCGGUCCGGUGAACACCGAGGCUCCCACGAAGAUGUUCCCGCAGAUGCCAGCGGACAAGGUCAAGGAGCUGCUGUACGCCGAGUACCGGCCGCUCUCGCCGCAGGACAUCGCCGACACCGUGCUCUUCGUCCUGAACGCCCCGCCUACCGUCAAUCUCAACGAGAUCGCCAUCAAUCCCGCCGACGGCGAGGCCAUUCCCCGGCCGAAACAGUUUACAUGAACACGAAAGGUCAACAGCAGCCUGAUGAUGCCGGGAGCAAGACAUCGGGAAUACAACAUAGCCGAGUUUCACAUUAACUGUAUUAAUUUACGCCGUUAUGUAUCUGCAAAUUGGACACCGUUGCGACAAGGUUUCCAUUUGACGUGAAACACAGUAUACGGAGUACGUAGACAAGAGAGUUUGUUGCCCUUAUCGGAAUUACAACUUUACGAGCAAUAACAUUUUCAUCCGCAAGCUAUUUGAAAAU